UUUCUGUUCUUAAACUACCUGCCCCGCUAAUCAUUUUGUUUCUAGCCAUAACGUUAUACGAUAUCCAACCGGGGCAAGACAGGCACAACUCUGACAGGUCUGAAAUAGGUUGUGUCGAGCCAUGGCAUUCAGUAAAGGUUAUCGUAUUUAUCACAAGCUGGAUCCACCUCCAUACAGUGUGAUUGUGGAGACCAGAAAUCGAGAAGAAUGUCUGAUGUUCGAGUCUGGAGCUGUUGCUGUACUGUCGGCGGCAGAGAAAGAGACCAUAAAAGCAUCAUACACCAAGAUGCUGGAUGCCUAUGGGAUCCUGGGAGUUCUGCGUCUGAACCUUGGUGAUUCUAUGCUGCACAGUCUGGUGGUCGUAACAGGCUGCAGCUCAGUGGGAAAAGUCCAGGAUUCAGAAGUUUUUCGGGUAACAGGCACAGACUUUGUCUCUCUGAAGAAUGACCCCACGGAUGAGGACCGGAUCGCUGAUGUCAGGAAAGUCUUAAACUCUGGGAACUUCUAUUUCGCCUGGUCCUCAACUGGAGUGAGUCUGGAUCUCAGCUUGAAUGCCCAUCGCAGAAUCAGAGAAGACACAUCCGACAAUCGCUUUUUCUGGAAUCAGUCCCUUCAUCUCCAUCUCAAGCAUUAUGGGGUGAACUGUGACGACUGGCUUCUGAGAUUGAUGUGUGGUGGCGUGGAGAUCCGCACCAUCUAUGCUGGGCACAAACAGGCCAAAGCUUGUGUGAUUUCUCGGCUCAGUUCGGAGAGAGCAGGCACACGUUUCAAUGUCCGAGGCACGAAUGAUGAUGGCCAGGUGGCCAAUUUUGUGGAGACUGAGCAGAUUAUUUUCCUUGAUGACAAAGUAUCCUCCUUCAUUCAGAUCCGAGGGUCAAUACCGCUAUUCUGGGAGCAGCCAGGAAUUCAGGUUGGAUCCCACCGCGUUAAGCUGUCCCGUGGUUUUGAAGCCAACGCGCCGGCUUUUGAAAGACAUUUCAGUGCUCUGAAAAGGCUGUAUGGCAAACAGUUGAUCAUCAAUCUUCUGGGAAUGAAGGAGGGUGAACACAUGCUCAGCAAAGCAUUCCAGAGUCACCUCAAAGCUUCAGAGCAUUCCAACGCUGUGAAAAUGUUGAACUUUGACUAUCAUCAGAUGGUUAAAGGAGGGAAGACUGAGAAGCUUCAGACUGUGCUGAAACCUCAGAUCAGCAAGUUUGUGGAGGAUUGUGAUUUCUUCUACUACUCAGGGGAAACCGGCAUUCAGAGAUGUCAAAGCGGAACCAUCCGUUCCAACUGUCUGGACUGCUUGGACCGAACAAACAGCGUCCAGGCCUUUAUUGCACUUGAGAUGCUUCCCAAACAGCUGGAAGCCAUGGGUUUGACAGAGAAACCUCAGCUGGUGGCUCGUUUUCAGGAGGUUUUCCGCUCCAUGUGGUCCACCAAUGGAGACUCCAUCAGCAAGAUCUACGCAGGCACUGGUGCUUUAGAUGGCAAGGCUAAGGGCGGAAAGCUAAAAGAUGGAGCUCGCUCGGUCACCAGAACCAUCCAGAACAACUUCUUUGACAGCUCUAAACAGGAAGCCAUUGACAUCCUGAGACUGGGCAGCACCCUUAACAGUGACCUGGCAGAUAAAGCACGAGCACUUCUCACGACAAGCAGCCUAUAUGUCUCUGAGCCAAUUUUACAGUCAGCCUCUCCAAGGGUGCUUCUAGGCAUGUGUCAGAACCACUUCAAAUACACUCGGCCCAAGAAGAUCCGAGUGUGUGUGGGAACGUGGAACGUAAAUGGAGGCAAACAGUUUCGCAGCAUUGCGUUUCGUAACCAUACGCUCAACGACUGGCUUCUGGAUGCUCCUAAGAAAGCCGGACACCCAGAAUUUCAGGAUGUCAAAAACAACCCUGUGGACAUCUUUGCUAUUGGUUUUGAGGAAAUGGUGGAGCUGAAUGCUGGUAAUAUAGUCAGCGCAAGCACCACAAACCAAAAGCUGUGGGCCGCAGAACUGCAGAAGAACAUCUCCCGAGAUCAACGAUAUGUCCUGCUGGCCUCAGAACAGCUGGUCGGUGUGUGUCUUUUCGUCUUCAUUCGCCCUCAGCACGCACCCUUUAUCAGGGAUGUUGCUGUAGACACAGUGAAGACUGGAAUGGGCGGAGCCACUGGUAAUAAGGGAGGCGUGGCUAUUCGUAUGCUCUUCCACACUACCAGCAUCUGCUUCGUGUGUUCGCACUUUGCUGCCGGUCAAUCACAAGUCAAAGAGAGGAACGACGACUAUAAUGAGAUUGCACGCAAACUGUCCUUCCCCAUGGGUCGUCUUCUGUACUCUCAUGAUUAUGUAUUCUGGUGUGGAGACUUCAACUACCGAAUCAAUAUUCCCAAUGAAGAGGUGAAGGAGCUGAUCAGACAGCAGAACUGGGAUGCACUUAUUGGUGGAGAUCAACUGGUGGAGCAGAAGAAUGCAGGACAGGUCUUCAGAGGCUUUAUUGAAGGAAAGCUGGAUUUUGCGCCCACUUAUAAAUACGACCUUUUUUCUGAGGAUUACGACACUAGUGAGAAGUGCCGCACACCGGCCUGGACCGACCGUGUGCUGUGGAAAAGAAGAAAGUGGAACUUUGAUAAAACUGCGGAGGAGUUGGAGUUGAAUGUAGUAGGAGCUCCAGUGAAUGAGGAAGAACAGUAUCCAUGGAGCCCUGGAGACCUCAAGUAUUACGGCAGAGCUGAGCUGAAAACCUCUGAUCACAGACCUGUGGUGGCCAUCAUAGAUGUGGACAUACUUGAGGUGGAUCCCGAGGCUCGUCAUCAGGUGUAUAAGGAAGUGAUCGCCCUGCAGGGUCCUCCCGACGGCACCAUCCUAGUCUCUCUCUGCUCUUCUGGUCCCGAUGACUACUUUGAUGAUGCUUUAAUUGACGAUCUUUUGGACAAGUUUGCUAAUUUUGGCGAGGUUAUUCUUAUCAGGUUUGUUGAAGAGAAAAUGUGGGUGACAUUUUUGGAGGGAUACUCAGCUCUGGCCGCUCUGUCUUUGAGUGGGUCUACUGUGAAUGGAAAGACCAUAGACAUCCGCCUGAGGAGUCCUGGAUGGAUAAAGAGUCUUGAGGAGGAAAUGAGUGUGGAGAGAAUCUGUGGAAGUAUUCCAACAUCCACCAGCUCCACCCUGCUGGCAGAAAACUCUGACCUAGGAGAAGAGUAUGACAUGGAAGGUGAUGUGGACGAGGAGGUUGAGGAUAUUUUACCCCAGCACCUGCAGCCUGGAGCAGGCAUGGAUCUGAGUGCGUCUCCUGCCACAUCUCCACGCACCAGCCCAUGCCCUUCACCCACUCACGGAGAGCCAGCACCACCCAUCCGGCCCAGCAGAGCGCCACCACGCACAGCCGGACCACCACAGGGUUCUCCAGUUGAUGGUCAGCCAGCAGGAGCUCCAUUCUCACAGGGACUAGAGCCAAAACGUCCCCCUCCGCCUCGCCCUAAUGCCCCGCCAGCCCGACCUGCACCUCCACAGCGCCCACCACCACCCUCAGGUCGAGGUCAAGCCACCGGACCAGCUCCUGGAGGCAUCCCAAGGCCGAUUCCACCCCGAGCAGGAGUCAUCAGCGUCACGCCUCAGGCCAGACCUCCUCCUCCUGCUCAUCCCGGGGCCCCCAGACCCACAGCAGAGGUGCAUCCUGGAGCCCCUCGACCCUCACCAGAUAAUCAUCCCGGAGCUCCAAGACCCACUGCUGAACCCCAAAGCAAACCGUCUGAGCUGCCUCUGGGUCCACCCCCGACACUGCCAGGUCCCGUAAGGCCUCAGAUGACAUCACCCAUGCAGCCUCAGUCUGUGUCGCCCGUUCAGCCUCCAGUCCAACCCCAACUGCCCCCACCCAUACAAUCCCAGCUCCCUCCACCAAUGCAGCCCACCUUACCUGCUCCUCUGAUGCCUCAGCAGGCCCCUCAGACAUCAGCCGGAGCCGCUGCCACCCCUCAGCCUGGACUGGCAUCUCCAAAACCUCCACCCCGCAGCCGUUCCUCUCAUGCACUGCCACCUGAAUCUGCUCCAGCUCCAACAACACAGCAGGAGCAAUCCUCAGGUUAACAGGCCAAGAACAUGAAUGGAGUCCAAAGAGAAGCACAAUGGAACCUAGACCCCUUCGACAUGCUUAACCCUCAAUCCCUCUUCCAGAACACACCAUUCACCGCUUCCCUCCCUCGCUCCUCAUCCUCCUCUACAUCCACUCCAUCCCCUUCUUCCUCAUCCUCAACAUUACCCAGCAACCUUUCCCUGUUCUCAGCUCCGGACACCAGCAGCGCUUCGUGUCUCCUCGCUCCCCCCGCCCCAUCCCGCAGCAAAUCCCAAGAGACCCUCCGUUGCUCCCCUAAUCCAUUCCUCACAGACAUCCAACCAAGACCCAACAGCACCAACCCCUUCACCAGCGGGCUGCAGUCCUCCCCGCGCCGAUCGCUUACACCUGAUUUCUACACCCAAAUGCAAGCCUCUAAACCUGAUUUCAAUAGAGCUAUGUCUGCUGUAGGCCACAGUUCCACCCUUCCUCCAACCUUCUCCCGACAACAGUCCUUAGUUACUGCUACAGCUCCAGCCCCCAACAAACAAACGCAAAAGUGGGUCACCUUUGAUGAUGAUUUGGAUUUCCUUUCAAAAAGGGUUGGGACCGGCCCAUUAGCUUCACCUCUUCCUUUUCCACAAACCCAAAGCAGUUUCCCAAGCUCAGGCUUUGGCAUGGACAACAACUGGGCAUCGCUUCCCACCUCCGCAUUCCCAGCAAUCCCUCCGCCUGUACCAACCCGGACUAAUACCAGCAUCAAAAACGCCCAACUCCCUUCCAGAAAUGAUUUCACUGAGAGAUGAUAUAGUAUGGAUGUUAAAUAUGAAGGAAAUAUUAUUGCGUAUAUGUAUGGUUUGUAUAAAAGUGCAGAUAUAAUGACCUGUUCGUACAAAAAAAAA